ACACCACACACACCGUCAACACUAACUGCAGUUACGCUUCCAUCCCAGUUCCAAUGAAUCCCAAAGGCACCAUCGUCUUUUCCACCGUCGGCAGGCCAAACUAUGGCUUCGAUGUCUUCUCCGUCCAACUAAACCACAUCACUGCCGCCACUGAGCACCGCCUCACCGAUGGAAGCUCCAUCAACUUCAACGCCCAAUUCGUCGAUGAAGACCGAUCCGUUGUCUUUGUCUCUGAAAGAUCAGGAUCGGCCCGAAUCUAUCUCACUCGCCCUGGCUUACCCAUUCCCGAGCAGCUAGCAUCCGUGCCCCACAGCCUCUUUCACGACCGUCCCAUCUUAAAGAACAACCGCCUCUACUUUGUUUCAGCUCACGAGCAGCCCGAUCGCCAAUUCCAGAGCUGGGCAGCUCUUCACUCAACCGAAAUCGAUGAUAAGGACAAGAAAAUUACGCGGCUGACCCCUUACGGAGCCGUCGAUUACAGCCCUGCAGUUUCCAAGUCUGGGAAAUUUCUUGCCGUCGCAUCUUAUGGGUCUCGCUCGUGGGGCGGUGAAUUUCACGAGCUCAACACGGAUAUAGUUGUUUUCCCAGAAUCCGACCCGAAGAAGCGUAUUCUGGUUUGCAAGAAAGGCGGUUGGCCGACCUGGUCAUGUGAUUCCUCCAUUUACUUUCAUCGCCAAGCUGACGAUGGCUGGUGGAGCGUUUUCCGUGUUGAUUUCCCUGAAAAUCCCCCUGAAUUUUCUGGAUUUCCGAUUGCUCCCAUCCGGGUCACCCCACCCGGUCUGCACUGCUUCACUCCGGCAGCACUCCACGAUGGAAAACGACUCGCCGUCGCGACUCGGCGGCGUGACAAGAAUUACAGACACAUAGAGAUUUUCGAUCUCGAGUCGAAGGUGUUUUACCCGGUUUCCGAGUUGAUCAAUCCGAAUUUCCACCACUACAAUCCGUUUGUCUCUCCCGAUUCCACAUUGCUCGGGUACCACCGUUUCAGAGGUGAGUCAACUCAGGGCGAGACUACAAUCCCACAUCUCGACCCUAUCAAGUCUCCGAUCAGAGAUAUUCGCUUGCUGAGAAUCAACGGCAACUUCCCUUCCUUCUCACCGGACGGUGAUCUGAUAGCCUUCAACAGAGACUUUGACCUCAAUGCCGGUAUUAAAAUCGUUAAAUCGGACGGUUCAAAACGAUGGACUUUGAUCAAAGACCGUACAGCCUUCUACAACUCGUGGAGUCCCACCGAAAAAAACGUAAUCUAUACUUCUCUGGGCCCCAUUUUUGAGUCAGCAAAAACGACGGUCCAGAUUGCACGAAUCACAUUUGACCUUGGAGAUCUCAACGGUGAUCGUGCAGAAAUCCCCUCCGAUGUGAAGAUACUCACAAGGGAAGACACAGGAAAUAACGCUUUCCCGUCCUGCUCUCCCGACGGCAAAUCGAUCGUGUUUCGCUCCGGCCGGUCUGGGCACAAGAAUCUGUACAUACUCGACGCCGUGAAAGGCGAAUUUGAUGGCGGCAUCCGACAAUUAACGAAUGGUCCUUGGAUUGACACCAUGCCGAACUGGUCACCUAAAGGCGAUCUCAUCGCCUUCUCUUCCAACAUGCAUAAGCCAGAUAAUCCAGAUGUAUUCAGCAUCUACGUCAUCAAACCGGACGGCUCCGAUCUCAGGAGGAUCCACUUGGGGGGAGCAGAGGGAUCGGGUGAGGUGGAUAGGGAGAGGAUCAACCACGUUUGUUUUAGUAGCGACGGAGAGUGGUUGGUGUUCACGGCUAACUUGGGAGGAGUGACGGCGGAGCCGGUGUCGUGGCCGAAUCAAUUUCAACCUUACGGAGAUCUGUUCGUGGUGACGUUGGAUGGGAGUGGACUGAUGAGGCUGACGUGUAAUGGAUUUGAGAAUGGGACGCCAGCGUGGCAUUGUGGAGGUGAGCUGGACAUGGGGCGUCUCUGUUUGGGAUUUGAUGGUGAGGUGGUUGGGGAGAAGCUGAGGGGUCAAUUUCAGGAGCCACUCUGGAUAUCUUGUGAUUUCUAAGGGAGCUUGUUCAACUCAUUUUUUGCAAUUUGCAAAGCUCCAUAAUUCUAUGAUAUGACUCUAUUAUUCCAAAUAUUAGAUUGCAAUAGACUACAAGAUUUAAUUUAUUCUUUUUCUAUGUUAGAUCAUAGGGGCAUAUAAUAUGAAAUAGGUUGGUUUUUUUUUUUUUGACCUUUUUAAUUCAUUUUAAGAUUUGAAUUAUAGGUUUAAAUUUAAAAUUUUUAAUCUACUAGACAAUUAAAUUAUUAGGUGAAAUGAGCCUUUUAAUAUUAAAGUUAUAUUUUAUAG